AUGGCCAUCCUCGCCAGAUGGGGAUUUCGCGCUCUCCACGUUAUCUAUUUUCUGGCCACAUGUAUGAUCAGCAGUGUCAUAUUCUAUCUGCUGUCCCCGGCGCCACGGACUCCCGGCUAUGUCGACUCGUUGUUCAUGUGCAUUAGCGCCAUGACAGGGACCGGACUUACAACAGUCACCGAGUCCAAGCUCAAUGUGCCCCAGCAGGUAAUGCUGUUUUGUCUUCUCCUCAUGGGCCACGCGAUUCCCAUUUCGGCAGUCGCUCUUUGGUUUCGCAGAGAGACUUGUGGGGACAAGCUCCGGGUCAUUGCCAGUAUCGAUGGAAUCGCGUAUGGUAACCAGGAAACGGGCUCCCUCCAGCUUCCACAAUGGGAAGGCAAGACGAAAGUUGAUGUCGCGAUAGCCCCAAGUGUCGAUGGGGCACAUGGGACUCCAUCAACUUCUGGAACAGCCCAGUUCACCACGAAGGCUUCACGUCAAGAAAAAUAUGCCUCGGGAACUAUGCCAGUGACGAAACGUGUUCUGCACCAACUCAAAACUCUGCAGAAGGGCUUUCGGAAGUACCUCCAGGGCUCGAUUUUGUCUCCGAAAGCCCAGCCAGCUUCGGUUGAGUACAAAGCACUGUCGAUCUUGACGUUGACUGUGGCUAUCUACUGGAUCACAAUACUAUCUAUAGGUAUUUUGGUCAUGGGGAGCUGGUUCCAAUGGCGUCGUCCUGACGUUCCACAUGCUGAUGGUGUUGCUCCUUUCUGGGCGGGUGCAUUCACAGCAACAUCAGCAUUUGUCAAUUGCGGAAUGACGCUCUCCAGCAAUGACUUGAUACCUUUGCAAAAUGAGCCGUUUCCACUUUGCUUCCUCGGUAUUCUGAUCCUCGCUGGAUGUACACUGUAUCCGUGUUUCCUGCGAGGGGUGCUUUUCACGGCAAGAUGGUUCUUGCCAGAGAACUCCGAGAGGUGGCAAUCUUCUAGGGACGCGCUAGACUAUAUUCUCAUAUGCCCAGAGAGGGUAUACCACAUGCUUUACCCUACCCCUCAUACAUUCUUCUUGUUGGGGUCUGUCAUUGUUCUGAAUGGAAUCAACUGGGUAUCUUUCGAGCUUCUAGCCACUGGAGCCAGAGAUACCAAAGCAAUUCGCGCUCUCGAUGGACUCUUCCAAUCACUCGCAAUUCGUGGAGGCGGAUUCGCGGUGGUAGACUUUUUAAAGCUCCCUCAGUCAAUGAUGGUCCUAUAUGCUUUCAUGAUGUACAUUUCGCCAUUUCCAUUACGCAUUGCAACCCAGAGCAUCAUUACCAUGAAAGAAGCCGAGUUACCGAAAACCGAGAAAAUCAGCCAUAGCCUGGUGGCCAAAACGCGAAAAUACGGAAAGCAAAUCUCCAAUCUCGCGCGCGUCGCUUUUAUAUGGGAUCAGAUUCGGUCACAGUUUACGAAGGACAUCAUGUGCGUCACCGUCGCUGUUUUCUCCCUAACAAUCCUCGAAUCCGAUAAAUACGAGGCCCAGCCGCUGUCUUUCUCUACAUUCAACAUCAUUUUCGAGGUGAUUUCGGCAUACAGCUGCAUUGGAAUCAGUGUCGGAUUUCCAGUCACGGGUCACUCAUUCUGUGGUGAGCUACGCCCUGCGAGUAAGUUGAUCUUGUCAGUGAUGUCCUUGAUCGGAAGACACCGAGAUCUGCCUAAGGCCGAAUGCGCGGGAUCACGGGUUUGCAACUCGUUGGGAUGGGAUGCGACAUCCGUGCAGAAAGCCAAGAUGAUUCAAUUAGGAUCAAUAGAAAAGGACAGUUCCAUGGUUUGA